AAUUGUAAUUAUAUCGAUAUCGAUUUAUCCCUGAAUUCCUAGCGGCUACAGAAGGAAUCCCUAUUUCGGACCUGUCAAAGCGAGGCGACAUACCUCCUCAAAUGAAUUAUUAGCCAUUUCACAUUUUGAUGUCGAAAUGAACGGAAUUUUCUUCACCGUAGGAUUUACCGUUUCUUUUUUACUUGGGGCUGUGGUGAGUACUGGACAGUUUGCUGUAAGACUUCACUCGUACGACAACCCACAGGGAACGGACUACGAUGGAACCUGCUGUGAUUCUGAUGUGGCUAAAUGUCAACUGGACAAGUGUGAUUUUAAAUUCGAUAUAUGCAUAGGAAAAGAUCGUGGAGGGCAUGACUGCACAUAUGGAAAGAAGCAGAUUAUCGCUAUUCCAAAUCGGAACAACAUCGACUUCAAUGACAUCAAGGAUCACAUCCUCCGCUUUCCAAUCACAAACAGUUUGAAGGAUCCUUUGUUUAUAAGAGUGAAUGUGACGGACCAGGAUACGGGCGAUUCCUCAGUGAUGGUCGACUCCUUCCAUUUAGUCUUCAACUCAGCUGCCUACUAUAACGACACAGUGAUUGAGUAUACGGAUUAUCUCAUCACAGGAGAAAGAACACAACAUCCAUCCAAAUUGAAUGUAAGUGUGGCGUCAUACUGUGAUCAGAAUUACUAUGGACAAGACUGUGACAUCAACUGUGUUGCUGAGAAUUUUGGUUGUAAUGGACAUUAUAAAUGUGGGGCUAAGGGAGAGAAGAUUUGUAACUCUGGUUGGACGGGCACAGAUUGUGAUGUACAGAUCCCGGGGGGAGAGGGAGACUGUGGAUUCUACAAAGAUUCCACGGAGCUACUGCCCAGCUUAUGGGUAGGUAAAUACACCUGCCCAGGUGAGCUCCCACAGGUGAUACAAAUGAAUGUGACUCAAAGAAGUGCAGAUGAAAUAUUCACCUCAGCAGUUUUAUCCUUUGCUGGGAUCUCGGUUACUACUAGAGGGACUUAUGGAUAUAGACAACUGCUCACACAGGGCACAAUGAACCAAGGCAAUAUCACUGAUGUCAUAUUUCAUGGUUCACAGCCACCUAUGAAUUUGUCCUCAAUGUCAGGGGAUCUGGAAAUCAUUCAAAAAUCAUCAGGGAAAAAGAAGUGUACUGUAGUUCUGAAUAUGCAGAAAUCUUAUUUCAACCAAUGUGGAGCUGGGACUUGUGUGCGAUAUGGACAAAAGAAGGAGGAAUACUACUGUUGUUGUGGUGGGGAUAAAGCUUCUUCAUAUUGUGGAUCAUCCACCACUACAAUACAGUCAACGACCACUUCACCUAGUACUACAACACCUCCAUCAACAACAAUAACAACAGAGGCACCAACAACAAAGUCAACCACACCCACUACCCAACUGACAACACGAGAGACAACCACCAGCAAACCCACGACACAAGAAACAACAACAAAAUCGACCACACCCACUACCCAACCAACGACAGAGACAUCAACAACUACCACUACAUCAAAGUCAACCGUAGGAAAAACUACCACUGAGUCAACCACCACAACUGUAACCACUGGAGCACCCACACAACCACAAACCACUGCCUCCACCACCACCACAAAGGCACCAAGCCCCAGUUCAACAGUGGCCACCAAUAAACCUACCACCAAUAAAGCACCUGUUUCAGCUCCUGCUGUACAAAUUCUAACAGGCAGUUUCUUAAUCAAUCUUCUGGGUGAAGAAAUUGAUAACACACUGUUCGAUGCUGUAAAAGAUGCCUACAUAGAGGCAAAUAAAGAUCAAGUGACUUUACAAAAAGUGAAUAUGGAUUUUCCUACUAGACCUUCUGUAUUGGAAUACAUUUUUGAACAAAGGAAGUACCGUGGAGAGCUGCUUUCCUUUGUGAAGUACAACAUUUCAAUUUCGGGUGUAUUGGUCAAGGUCAGACAACCAACUAAUAAAAAAAUACAAGCACAGGUCACAAAGCAUUACACUGCUAACGUUAGGUUAUACGAUAUUGAUCCUGACUUGCUCUUCCAAGUAUUCUUCAGUUUCCAACUAGACGUGUAUGGACCUGGACCAACUGAUGCAGAAAUGGCCAAAUGGGAACAGGUCCUUCUGGAUGUGUACAUAGCGGAACAGAAAUGUAAUUCAUCAGCCUGCCAGUUGUAUGACAUAUCAAUUAAAAGCACAGAUGAAUAUAUGGACUAUAAUGGGUUAGAGGUAACCAAACUGUACAUAUUUGUCCUAUUGGGGGGAACGCCAAUUCGUCCACCGUACAUAAAAGACCCAUACAUUGGAGCCCUGCAGAAUAACAGCGAAAUCAAUGCCAAAUUCUACACAGGCAGUUUAGAUGCACAUGACCUGCUUUGGUAUAGGCACCACUAUGAUCUGUUUGUAGAAGGGUCUGUGGUACAAAGGGACUGGCCUCAGUUUCAGAAUCGAAUUCAAGAUGCAUGGUACAAAGCUAUACCAGAGUACAACUGUCCGAUUUGCAACGUAUUUAUUCACAGAACAGAAAAAUAUAUAGGAGAAAAUGGAGAGCCAUUGACAGCCAUAGUUUACUUCUUUCAACUUCGUCAAAUAUUUUCAUUUCCUUACGUGGAUGGACCCCUGAGUUUACAGUAUCUGAGGAUGGAAAAUUUGACAGAUGUAAAUGGGAACCAGUACAAAUUGUACAAUGGAACUAAACAAUAUCGCUACAGCCAUGGGUUUAACCUGCUCAUAAAGGGUCAGGUAGAUCCCAAGGACAGGAACCAGUUUACAGCAGCUAUGAAACAAGCUUGGCUAGACUAUAAUGCGUCUGUUGCCAGUAUAACCCCCAGUAAAAUGAUUGAAGAAUACAUCAGCAUAUCUGGUGACAUUGUGUCCAACAUUGUAUGUUUUGUGACCCUUGGUGAUGUUGAGAUUGAUGCCCGACUUAUCUCCACCCCCUCGAUGUCAUGGUUACACAGCUGGACAAUGCACCAAUCACAGCUGUCGUUCUCCAGGGCUGGAGGACAGACUUACGAGGUGUACACGAAGCAUCUUCUUAGUGAGCUGUAUCUCAGGACUGAUCUCUUCUCUGUUUACUUUGAGGGGUACAUCAAGCUGGAUUACUGGACAGACAUUGCUGAAUCAUUGCAGAGGACUUGGAAUUCUACCUCCACAUUCUCAGGAAAAAGAAUUGAUGUUAAAGUUUUGGGAGCUAGCACAUUCUCUGUAUAUCAAAAGAGAGAGUCUGUUGUUAGUAUGCUAUGGUAUGCUUUGCUGGUGGAUGGUAAACUGGUAUCCCCAGUCUCGGUACUUGACAGUCAGAGAGGACUGGCAUACAACAUAUCCAUGGUGUCUCUAGCUUCAAAUUACUCAGUGUAUGUGUUAAAGGACAGGCUACUAGACAGGGUGAACCAGUUUACUCUGUACUUCACUACCAAGAUCAACUAUCUGGACUUUGAUGUUGGUAUCAGGACUCAACUUCUAGGUGUGAUCAGACGGAAGUGGACAGGUUCAAAGAACUACAAAGACUUGGAUUUGUACGUUGACUAUCAGGAAAGGGUGUACGGAGCCAACAAUUCUGUACUUUGGAAGUUGGUAUUUUAUCUGAUGUCAAAUCACAUGGAGAUCAACAGUCAGUUCGUCAAACCCAUUACACAUCAGUUGUUCCAGUCAGAGGAAAUAAAGGACAUCUCUGGUCAGACGUAUCAUCUGUACGCAGGUCAAAGGUCAUCCACCUGGCUGUAUUAUGAUAGUCAUUUCUCCUUGACGUUUACCUCAGAAGUGUCGAAUCUGGAAUGGUUUAGGGUUGAACGGAUGCUGGAAUUAAAGUGGUGUAGUAUUGUAUUACAUUGUGCAUCAGGACAGAAUGUCUCAAUCUCCAUUAAAGAACAGAAGCAAUACUGGGAUGACAGCACUAGGAACUGGUACUGGCAGCUGGUAUACUUUGUACGACAUGGAACAGUAUUAUAUAGUUCAAAGUAUCACUCCUCCAUAGAUGUGAGCAAGUUGGAUUUCUCGUGGAGCAGUGUAUAUAAUUCAACCUACCAGGUAGUGGAAAAUCCUGGCAUAGGGAGGUGGAGAUUCUCAAGGUCAUUCCACCUGUGGACCGAGGAGCACCUGACAGUGAAUGCUGAGGCAAUCCAAAAAAUCAGAAUAGCUUUACUACAAGCCUGGUACAAAAUGAACAUAAGAUCUGAUUUAAAGAAUUGUAGCUGCGUCUCCAUUCAUGUCCUGCCACAGAGGAGUUACUCUGCUGGAAACGGGCAAUCAAUUUGGAAGCUGACAUACUUCAUAUUGUACAAGAAUAAAGUAGUCCUGGAUGGUCAUUUGUGGCCAGCAUUGAAUGCCACACUGAUAGACUGGAGGAUAGUGACCUCCUCCAAGGUCAAGGUCCGAACAGAUGUUGACCUUUACUACUAUCGGUACAUGUUGCACUUUAAACUCGAUCAUAAGCUGUCCCUGUCUGAGUAUGGGAACGUGGAAAAGGCUAUGACUGAACAAUAUGUUGACCAACAUCCAGCCUGUGGAUGCAGCAUUUCCAUAGCUCAUCAAGAAGAAGUUAUUGACAGCCAUGGAAAGUCGUCCUGGAUAGUUUACUACCAUAUUGUGAAGAACGGAGUCUAUCAGAAGCCAACUUUGUAUCAUCCAUUUAAAUGGAAUCUCUUUAAUACUAAAUACCACUUCACUUCAUCUGAUGGCCACAAGCUGCAUUUUACGUGGUCAUGGACCGGAAGCCACAACUAUGUUAGUUACAGCCAAUCGGGUGGUUUGUUUCUUCAGACUUGGGUUCCUCCUUCACUUUAUGGAAGGUUUGGUGCUUGGUUGCAGUGGUACUACCAGAGGAUUUUCCAAGGAUCUAAGGUGGAAGUGACAAUGACAAAUACAACCAGAGAAUAUAAGAAAAAGGACGGGUCCUCAGCUUGGCAACUUCCCUUCAUUGUGAAAGUGAACAGCAGUGUUGUUACACCACCCGCCAUCAACAGCACGACCUUCCAGGCGACCUUCAACACCACAACAUCAUGGAAACAGCAUUUCACUGUGGUGCAUCCUGACGAGGUCACUGACAAACACAAGAUUUUCUCUGUUUAUUUGAACCACAAAGUGUCGGAAACAGCCAAGGAAGACAUUAAAAAUGCCAUCAUAGCCACUUAUAUACAACAGCAUCCAGGAGUCAACUCAUCUCUAGUGAACCUGACCUUUGGAACUCAGCAAGAAAUUUUCUCUAACAGCAAAAACAACCAAACAACUGAAAAAUCUUCCUCCUGGGAGUUGAGUUACACCCUCAUUGUUGGAGGUUCGGAGGUGGAUUCCAGAGGUACAACCAGUCUGAACACCUCCCUACUGACCUCUAACCUCAAUGUCACAGGACCAAACAAGGUCAAAUACACCGUCGUCACAAACACUGAGUCUACAGCAUUCAUUGCUACUAGUCGUGUGUCUUCGCUGUACGUCAACUCUUUUGUUUCUGUCGAGGACAUUAAGAAGAUGGAGACUAAGAUUGCGCUUGCAUGGAAGCAACAGUACAAUAGUUCUGAAGAAGUGAAGGUGUCUUUUAUAAGACAGAAAGAGUACAUUAACAGUAAUGGUGAGGUGGUUUGGAAGUGGGACUACACACUGACCUUGAACAGUUCUCACCUGGUGCGCGCGAAGGUUCCUGCCGUGGACCACACACAUUUACAGAUGGCUGUCGGGAGCCUGAUCUCUGUAACAGGAGGGAAGUACCAAUUGGUCCUGUCCACCGGCAACUUCCUGAAUUUUCAGAUGCACUUCCCAUUGUACCUUACCUCAAAAAUGACAAAAGAAAAUGAAAAGGAUUUCAAGAAAAACUUACAGGACGCAUGGGCAAAGAAAGGUCUCGGAGCUGUAUCAGUUGAGAUUGUAAAACAGGAAGAGCUCAUCCACAAGUCCACUGGUAUUUCAAGUUGGAGGUUGAUUUACUUUCUGAAACGAAAUGCCACUAAAACAGUGGUUGAUUCUCGGGUGACAGAAAAUAUCAACGCUUCAGAUUUGUUCCCCAUUGUGGGCCCGCGAGAGACCCUUUAUAAGUGGCACACAAACCUUGAUGCCUCCAAGUACCUCAUCAAAAGCAUGUCCAAAUCUGUGACCAUCAACACCAAGCUUGACAGCAAUGUAAAGGUUAAGCUACAAGAGAAAAUUGCAGAACUAUUGAAGAAAAAUGUCACAGAAGCUGGCCUCAGGAGCACACUAUCAGUGGAGAUUGCAGGACAGGAAGAAUAUUUUACCAAACAGAAUGUGAGAGCCUGGAAUAUUCUGUACUUUAUAAAACUGGGCGGUCAGUAUGUACCAGCUUCGUCUGUGGUCAGUGUUGACCAUGAACACCUGACAACUCUCUUGGCCAAUGUCACAACGGUCCACGGACAGAGAAUUAGGGUCAUCAAGAAGAGUGACCUGUUGUACAGCUACAGGAAUGCUUUCUCCGUCUACUUCACUUCCAAAGUAGCAGCAUUACAUUUUUCCAGCAUCAAACUGCAUUUACUCAGGACAUGGGAAAAAUCUAAAGAGUAUCAAAGCUGUAACUGUUUAACCAUUGAUGAAAUCACCAAGGAUUUCCUGGAAGAAGUUGUUGAUAGCAAAGGGGUAUCCUACUGGAAGCUUAGUUACUUCUUGAGAACCAACAGUACAUUGAUAGAAUCCAUGACUCAUAAACCCUUGGAAAUAGUGGAAUUUUCCAAAGUCCUUGCCAAUGUGACCAAUGUCAAAGGUCAACCAUACACAGUCAAGUCCAUCAAAGAAAUUGUGAUAAGGUCAAGGAUGAUGUUUUCUUUCUACCUGAAAACAGAAAUUGGAUAUGGUCAGCAAGAGAAAUUCGAGGCAUCCCUCAAAGCAGCGUGGACGCGCCUACAACCAGGUACAUUAAAGGACCAAGAAACAUCAGUCAGAAUCUACAGGAGCACCAGAUUUGUGAAUGUAAAUGCCAGUAGUGCAGUGUGGCAGGUGGAUUACGUUAUAAAAACAAUGGACAUUGUGGUCGAUCCUCUAGAGAUCCCUAAUCUGCCUCCAGAAGAACUACAGAAGAAUCUCACAUUCACCAACCCUAAAGGUGUACAGUACCGAGUUCUGGAUCGCUCAGAUGACAUGCUGGAUUAUAGGAUACAUUUUGCUUUGUAUCUCAAGUCAGAAGUGAAGUCGGCAGAUUUUUCUAUCUUCGAGGGUGUACUGAAAAAAUACUGGACUUCAAAAGGUUACACAAAUGCAUCUGCCACGGUAUCAUUCCAAGAGAGAUAUGUGAACAAUUAUGGGAAAAUGCUGUGGAAAUUGGUAGUCUUUGUAAGGAUGGGCAGCGUGUACAUGGACUCUAGGACGUCUGAGGAUGUGAAUACAACUCAGCUACAGACCAGCAUUACAUGGAGUGACACCCGAGGCAGGAGGUAUCAACUGGUGACGAUCCAAUCAAAAACACUCAGAAGAUACGCCUCCGGUCUCACAGUCAUCCUUUCCCGUGCUGUAUUGAGGUCAGACCUGAUUCACGUCACAGAUGUACUCAGAAAGACAUGGACUGAAGCAGAUAUUGGACUGAAGAAUGUGUCUGUUGACGUCCUCAGUCAGGAGAAUUAUAUUAGCUCUGAAAGGGGACUAGUUAGCAAGAUCUUGUACUUCCUGUCUGUGGAUGGAGCUACUGUCGACAGUGGAAUGCUGGGUAAUGUGAACUCAACAGCCCUCCAGCAGAAACUGACUUCUUUGUCAACCAGCUACAAAUAUCAAGUUGUCAUGGAGGCGGAUGUGUAUAGAUACGAGUGGUUGUUCACCUUGGAUCUCAUGGAACCGCUUCUCACCAAGGAUUAUAAAGUAAUGGAACGUCAGUUAGCUGCAGCUUGGAUGGUUGAUUGGGCAACAAAUUUCAAGAAUUCAACAGUCAAGAUCAUGUCACAAGAGAGUUUAAUUUCUGAACAAGGAGUUUCAGUGAGUCGAGUUCUGUACACCUUAAAUGGAGACUUAAAGAUGAGGAAAGCAACACAGCUAGAUCCUUUAUCAUCCAGAGCACUGACAAAAAGAGUCACUUUGGUUAAGUCGGGCACCAGUUAUCAGUACAUUUCCCGGAUCUUUGGUGGUAGUCACUCAGUGUUCCGCCACUCUGAUCUGUACAGGCUGGACCUGAAUGGCAGGGUGGCAAAUUACACAGCACUGGAGGGUCAACUCAUCCAGGCUUGGAAUUCAUCCAUGAAUGUAAGUGGUGAAAAGAUACAGAAGGUGUCCAUUGUUAAGCAGGAAAGGAUUCUCUUAAACAAUGGAGAAUCAGCAUUCAGAUUGCUGUACCAUGUACAGAGUGAAAAUGUAGACUUCACCAUGAACAGACAGUUGAUGUCUGGUCCAUCCCAUGAUGCAUUGAUCAAACACGUUAGAGUGGAGGAUUCCACAGGAGUGUCAAGAAGAGUGCUAAAUAUAUCCGAGGGAUUCCGAAUGACCCAGGUGUUCAGUAUUGUAAUGAACAGACAAGUUUUCCUAUCAGACAAGUCCAAGUUUGAGAACAGGCUGCUGCAUGCUUUGAAAUCAACAUGGACUGAUAUCUCCUCCACUUUCACUUUCACUGUCAGAAGUGAAGAAAGAGUAGUGGAUAAAAGCUCAGGACAAAUGUUAUGGCGAUACAACUAUGUGACGAAAACUAAUGGCGAUACAAUAGACGUAUCCCGCCAACUCGGGGUCAGUAGCACGACCUUGACCUCUGCCCUCAACUUCACGUCACCCAGGAAAGAAGAAUAUGUUGCUGUGGAUAAGGAAGUGUUUUCCUAUAAUGAAAUGUUCUCAUUACAAGUGGAAGGAAUACAAAAUAUUGAGAAAACUCGACAAAUUUCUGAUGAAUUGAAGAAGGAGUGGUUAAAACUAACAGUAUCUGCAUCUGUUGGUAAUUUGUUCAGAGAAGAAUAUCUUUCUGACAAAGGAACACCGGUGACGAAAUUCAGUUACUUUGUCGAACAUUCCUUUGGUGAUGAGCUGAUAUAUCCCUCGGUGACCAAACCGCCUGUGUAUGCUUCCUUGGUAACGAGGGUAGGGCUAAAGCUAUUUACAGGGAAAUCCUCCGUGAGAUAUUCCGACUGCUUCAGGCUGUAUGCAAGUCUCCCUCGGUGGUCUGUAAACAGAUCCAGUGUGAAGGCUGCUCUGACACAAACCUGGCAACAGCACUCUCAAGUCUCAAGUAACAUGACUGUUUCACUGGUAAAUGGAAUGGACUCAUUCGUAGGCAGUUAUGGUCUCCAGUUAUCUGCAUUCCUAUACACAAUAUCCUACCAGUCUUCAGGCCUCACCAGAGUUAUCACCCCUGAUAUCACUGUCAAGCCUGACUUUGAGAAAGUCCAGAUUGCUUUGUCUUCCCAGAAUUCCAAGCUGGCUGUUUAUCGUUCCAUUCCCUACAGAACUCGAUCCCUGUUUCAUGUGUCUAUUAAACAUCUUAGGAAUGUGUCGAUGUCGGCCAGUAAUGUUUUGAGUUUGAACAGCCUAUUUACACAAGCAUGGAGGAAUACAUACAUUUCAGUAGACGAGUAUAAGGGAUUGGAAAGCCAGAUUGUUUCCACUAAAGAAUACAGGACGAUUAAUGGAGGUUCAUGGGUCACCAGGGUAUUUUAUCAUGUUGAAAUAAACAACAAAACUGUGGAACCAUGGGAAGGAAAACUGCAGUCUGCCAAGUUUAGUGGAAAUCUGAUAAGACUUCUACAGAAUGACUCCUCUCUGAAUGGUCAUUUCAUUUUGAACAAUCAGACGGAGAACGAAGUAUACAGCAUAUUUAUUAAAGGUCAUCUAAAGGAUUUUGUUAAUACACACAAAGCACUCCAAGGCAGCUGGCAGAAGAGUAUAACCUCAGGGACGGUAAUAGUGACUACCAUUGGUACCCAGAAAUACGUCAGCGAUAGCUGGAAAGAUGUCACAAAGCUCAAGUACUCGGUCACAGUCAAUGGGUCCAGUCCAGAUGCUCUAAAACUUUCACCUCCUUCUUUUGCUGCAGUCGAGGCGGAGCUACAGAAAGUGAACAAAUCUCAGUGUCCUUGCUAUACCACCAAGGUCAGGAAAGAAUACUUGUUGGGUUCCAGGACAUCUAUUAAAGUUAAUAAAGUCCAGACAGCCCUCAAAUCUGUGUGGACAAGCAAGAACACAGGCAUAGACAGUCAGAAGUUCACAGUGAGAAUCAAAGACAUCACAAACAGACAGAAAAGAGACACUGAAAGUGCUACCAUCGAAACAAAACUUGUCGGCAAUGGAAAUAAGGAAGUAACACCUGUACAAUAUACAGUAGCUUUAGAAGGUCAUGACCCUGACCCGACCUUUGUGGACACACCCUCAGGAAAUGACCUUACAAAACCUUUGGGUCAGGCUGGUGCUGCUCCCUGUGGAUGUUCCCCAAAACUUGCAGGAACCUUGAAGCUGAAAGGAGCAACUGAUCCGAAAGAAAAGCAAAAAAUUACCAAUGCUAUUGCAGAUGCAUUUGCAAAGCAAAACCAAGAUGUGAGCAAGAACAAUAUCAAAGCAGAUGCCAAAUUAAACAACGUUAAAAGUGAUGGAAAUGAUAUAACUGUUGUGGAUUAUACUGUCCAACGAAAUGAUGAUGAGCCCAUAGAAGACCUGAAAUCACCCAAGCGUGUCGACUUGGAGAGAAGUCUGAAUACUGCUGGGAAAACGCUGUACUCUAAAUCCCCAGUAACCCCGCCAGAAGAGGACGACAAGAAGAUGGCCAUCUAUAUAGCUGUUGCAGUGGUGGUCUUUAUCAUACUGAUCCUGAUAAUCUGUUACAUUGUGUACAUCAGAAGACAUAGAAAGAAGGGGAAUUUACUAAAGAGAGAGCAGCAAGUCAAAGAAAAUAAUGCGUUUGACACGGAACAUUUCAGUGAACCUGCAGUAUCGCAGGCUUAUCAGAAUCCAAAUUACGAACAAAACCCUAUCAAACAAGAUCUCAGAGAUGUUUGAUGCAUAGCUUGUUUUAUCAACUAUUUUUUAUUCUAUGUCGACUAUUUUUGGAGCAUUUUUUCUUGUUGAACACUUUAAUAGAACUAUGCAAUGAAUUUUUUAAAUACGUGUAUUUGUUACAGUUAGUGACGCAAAGAAAGAUUAUAAUUUUUUACUACAAACUGCCGUCCAUGUAAACUUGCCGAUUUCCUAUACAUUGUAUUCCUUCAUGCAAUGUGUUGUACAGUCACAUUAAGUUCUAUCCAACAUUUUAAAAAUUUCAAAAAUUCUCAGGAGAGAUCCAAGGUUCAUGUAUUGCUUAUAUGUGCACACUGUACAUGAAUAUGCUGUUAUUUGAACUACACUGUGUGAUCAAAUUACCAUUUUUAAUAGCAACUUUUCCAACAUUAAUGAUUUCAUACACCUAAAUUUGAUUGUCUUCAUCAUUUCUUAAAGUUGUCAAAAAAAGGACAUUUUCAAUAACUUUUUGCUAAUGUAGAGCACUCUUUUUUUCCUUCAGAUUUAUUUGAAAUGUGGAAGCAUUCCUCUUAUAAAAGCAUGAGUCCAUCAUUAAAUGAGCAUUAAUUGAUUUUUACAAAUUUUUAUAUUAGCGGACAAACUCAGAUAAUUAUGCAAGGUAGUAUCGAAUUGUUCAGGGACACUUUUAUCUCUGACACCCUCAUUUUGUAAGGUAUUGAAAUGGCACGAUUUGUUUCUAUAACUUUAUUUAGCAGUGCUUGAUAUUUGAAAGAUAUUUUAAGUAUGCAUAUAAUUAAUUCCUUUAAACUUGUAAUCAUACAUUGAUGCAUUGUUGUGUAUUUAAAGUGAGAAUGUAUAUUGGACAAUUUACCUACAGAAUGUUACUUGUAGAUGUGCUUUUAUAAUUGUUAUUUAUUUGUUGUGCAUUAUGGCUUGCCAAUAUAUAUUAAUUUUAUCUUGCCAUCAAUAUGGGAUUGAGUGAUAUUAUGGAAGCUGUAGUGUGGGUGUUUAUGUAUUCAAAUUCAUAACAUUUGUUGUAAUGUAGUCAAGAAAAAUACAAAAUUUGUGUUUUUGAAGUAUUGUACUAAUGAAAACCCUUUGAUAGUGAGAGGUUAGUUUGUAGAUUUUUACUGGGAUACAGAAAACCUUGUACUUAUUUUUUAUAUAAUUUGUGUUGCAUUUUUUUUUUUUUAAAUAUAUUUCUUGCCAGUUACGUUAAUGAUUCAAAUGAGUUUCUAAAUUCAGUGCUUUCUUUUACCUGUCAUGCAUCACUAAAAUAUUUCAGUCCAUAAUUUGCCGUAGUUAUCUCGCUGUCUGUAUGCAAUUUUUGAGAAUCUUUACAGUAUGCUUUGGACUUUAAUGAAAUUAUACAUUUAAAUACUGUUUUAUGUGUAAAUGUUCAUAUAUCCUUUUUUACAAUUUUCUAAGAUGUAAAUUAGGUUUGUCACUGUAAAGUAACAAAAAAAAUGUCACAUGUCAACUAAAAAAAUGUUUUUAUGAAAUCACUUAAAAUUUCACAGCAGUGUCACAAUGACUUAACAUCCUGGUACUUUAAUGAGCUAUAGUUCUGCAGCUAUAAACAUGUCCUGAUUGAUGAGGAAAAUUUAAAGCAAAGUUGAACCAAAGAUAAAUAGGCUUUAAUCAUAUAAAUUGGGUAAAUUUUCGUGUGUUUCAUGACAGCUGAAUAUUGUGUGAAUUUUGAAUCUCAUGACAUAUGUAGAGUUUAUAAUAAGAAAUGAAUUGUUCACCAAUAACCUUGCCCAGUUGGGAGAGAAAGUUUGCAAUGCCAUGAAAGCUUUUUUUUUUAUGUAAAUGAAUAAGUCCAUCCUUUACUAAUGUGUUUCUGUAGAUCUUUUUUCUAGUUGAUCAAAAUGAAUAAAAAAUAAUGUGCGACUAUCACGACUUAUUUUAUAGACACAUUUCUUGAAUACUGACAACAGAGUUCAUCAGUUAAACUGGGAAAUAAGACCAACUUCUGCUGUGGCUUCUUACAAAUUGUGCUCUCUUUGACAACUUAUACGACAUGUAUAGUGGUGGUGUAACUUGGUUUCAUAUUGUUUUGUGAGGAAACUGUCUCUUGAAAUAAAGAAAUUUUCCCAACCUUA